AUGUGUUUUGCAGAUAUCAAAGCACUGAGAGGAAAAAACAAACAAUUGACUCAAGCAGUUGCAAAACUUCAACAAGAUAAAAAGUCUCAACAAGAUCAAAUUACUUCAUUACAAGAAGAGUUUUUCAACUUGAACUCAAAAUAUGUGAAUUUGAAGAAUAUAUUCUCUAAUAUCGACGUCGCUGCAAAAGUGAUGUUUCCUAAACAGAUGGAACUUGCUGAAAUGUUUGAUCCCAUAACACAGACUGUCAAACCGCAUAUAGUGAAUGGUCACGUUUUGCAGAACCCCACCAUAACUUUAUCCCGAUUGAAUGACAGUCCAUCUCGUACGCCUCCAAGGCCUAGUGGACACAGAAAUAAUAGUCCUGAAGGGAACAUGUCACAGAGACGCAGUAAUGACAGACCAACCACUAGUAGUGAAGUGGGUAUGCCUAGUAGUAGUCGAAAUACUAUGAGAGAAGAUGAUGAUAGGGAGAUCAGGAUAUUCCUCGAUCCACUUCCAAAGGAAAGCAUUGCAGCAAAGAAUAACGUCAGUCAUAAUAGAUCGUACCUUAACUGCUCAGUUCCUGAUGAACCAAGCACUUCUGCGAUGGAUGUUAGCAGACAGAUUUUAAAUUCGUCUUUGGGAAGUCCAGAUGAUACUAUGAAAUUGAUAACGUCCGCGAUAGAUUCGCAGACUUUCAGCUUUAAUACUUCAACUCCUUUGAAAUCUGGUUAUUUUCAAGGAAAUCGAAGUAGUACCAGCACUCUGAAUGACUCGGUUGACCUCAAUAGGGUCCAGAUGACAAGGGGCAAAUAUGGCAAGUCUGAGGAGAAACCUCAUAAAACAGAAUUGGAAUCUAACAGUACUGUUAUGGAGGGGUAG